AUGGCCCAGCUGCUGUCUUCACUGGGACUGCUCUGCAGGGUCAACGCGUUUGCCUGCCUGGUUCUGUGCUACCUGCUCUUCAUUCUGCUGGGAGGUCUGGUGUUCACGGCCGUGGAGAAGCCCGUGGAGAUGGAGCUGAGGGCUGAGGUGGAGGAGCUGCAGCGCUCCUUCCUGCAGGAGAACCCCUGCGUCCGGGAGAGCGCGCUGAGCGAGCUGCUGGGGAAAGCUCUCUCUGCUCACCAGAGCGACGUGGCCGUUCUGCAGGCCGACGCCGAUGACAGACGCUAUGACUUCACCUCCUCGCUCUACUUCGUCAUAGUCACUCUGACCACCAUGGGUUCGGACUCUUACACCCCCAAAUCCGAUGAAGCCAAGCUCUUCUGUAUCUUUUACUGCGCCCUUGGGAUCCCCCUCACCCUGCUCCUCCUCACUCUCCUCUCUAACCUCCUCCUCCCCGCGGUCACCCACGCUCCCGUCCACCACCUGCACACUUACUGGGGUUUGCCCUACACCCGGGCCACCUUCGUCCAUGCUGGCCUCCUCUCGCUGCUCAUCGUCUCCCUCCUUUUCCUCCUCCCCUCCCUCCUGGUUUGUGUGCUGGAGCCCAACUGGAGCUUCCUGGAUGCUCUUUUCUUCUGCUUCCUCGUCCUGAGCACCAUCGGCCAGGGAGGGAACUCUCUGGGGAGAGACUGGGGCCCGUCGGCCAAGGAGACGCUCCAACUCCUCACCACGUGUUACCUGCUGGUAGGCCUGGUGGUGAUCAUUACCUUCAAGGAUACUGUCCUGCAGGUUCCCCGGGUCUGUGCGGUGAUGAGGCUGUUCUCUGGUCCGCGGUAUGCAGAGCUGGAAGGUGUCCACCUCAGUGAGCUGACCCUGAGUGAAGAACACUGUGAGGAGGAGGCUCAAUACUCCCAGUCCAUCUGCACCGUCUCCUCCACUCCACUGGAGCUGACGGGCCCUGCUGUCGCACACAGAGACGGAACCUCGACUCCCAAAACCACCUGA